GUCUUGCCUCGAUCUAUUUGAAUACGCAGUUUCCCAAGGACACUACAUUGCAGAAAGUAUGGAAAGACUCUGAUCUUCGUUUAGCAGCUGAUGGAGCCGGAGCCCGACUAGCGAAGCGCGGACUUGUUCCUGACUUGGUCGUUGGAGACUUGGACUCUUUAGGGUGCAGCGACAACGUGACAGAAAACAAAAACAAUGAUGCCCACGACACUGGUGCGCAACAAGGUGGAGAAAGAGAAACUCUUCUGCUUCGUUUACUAGCAAAAGAACGCGGGAAGCUCUCUAUGAAAGCCUGGCGGGAAAGAUUGAAGGAGCAAGCUAGAACGACAGCAUCAUCAUCUUUCACAAAUACGAACGUGGUGGACAGAAAUAAUUCAGCCCUCUUGUUGGAGGCUCUAGAGUGGACUUUGAGGAAGAGUGGACAACAAUUAGAACAGCAAAUUGAGAACGAGGAAAUGGUCGUUUUUCCGUCUAGUGACCGCAUUUCUGUGGCGGCUGUUUCGACCACAAGACAUGCCACUGGCGAAAACAGCACCUUCGGAGGGAGUUAUGAUUGGAUUCAACAAAACGUUUUUAAGCAAUAUGGAUGAGAUCCAUCGUGUAGACCAUCUAUGACGCCCUUAUGGCAGUCUGCACUGAACUUUGUGCGAGAUUAAUUGUAUUGUAUGGGUACUUACUACUAGCAGUUUCUCGAAUCGCUCCACUCUAACGCUCCUCAUUCUAACUCGUCACCAGAUUAUGCACGAUCAUUCACAAUCCGGACCAAACGACUACUGACCUAGAAAAAGCACUUGCUUUCGUGAACCGGGAAAACUUUGAAGGGAUUCAGAUUAUAGGCAAAUUCGCUGGGUCUGGAGGCAGAUUAGACCACUUCUUCGCGCUAUGCCACACACUUUACAAAGAAGCUCUCUAUGGUACUUUGCUAUUUCUAUGUACUUAUGUUUUUUAUGACUACAACCUGCUAUGUAUUCCUAAAGACUCAAACUUUACUCGUUUGAAUCCCUAUUUUGGAAAUGACCGGAAUGCACUUCUUCAAUCCGUACGAAAAUCAUAGCCACUCUGUCUUUCGCUGUACGCAAGAACUACUCAGACAUGCUAUUCAGUGCCAUGGCAUCAAAAUUUCAAAAUCUCAGAUGAAGAGCAGCGCCGUCCAAGUUCUUGGUAUACACCUAUGGUCUGUACCUCGGAUCACGAUUGCCUGAUGUGUUGUUUGCCUUCUGGUGAAACCAUUAUCCCUUUACCAUUGCCAGUACAACCAGAAGCAACAAGUACACGUAGUAGUCUCAAGACAACAACAUCCUCGUCCUCGUCGAAAUCAAACAUCCAUGACACUCUUCGUGUCGGUCUCAUUCCUCUUGGUGGUCUUCCAGUCGCAACGACCGAAGGCCUUCGCUGGAAUUUGAAUGGCACGCCACUAGGCUUCGGAGGUGUAGUCUCUUCUUGCAACCAACUAGCAGAAGAUGCAACUGAGGUACGAAUCCGCACUUCACAUCCCAUACUUUGGACGCAGAGUCGCGUUUUCUAA